AUGGCGCCGAUGGAAGAAGGAGCCGCGCUGCAGACCGCUCCCUCGCUGCCAGGAGAUGGAGGUACCUUGCAGUUACAAGCGGACUCUCCGCCACCGCUCUCACUGUCCUCGGACUGGCCGGUUGUAUCCUCCGCGCCUGUGAACCAUACGUACGGGCCGGGCAGGAAAUCGUAUGUCCAGGCAGCUUCAUGGCCUAAGAUGGCGGCGGAUGAUCCGAAAGAGAUGGAGGCGCCUGUAUUGCCGGUAGGCUCACCGGGACCUAUCCCACAAGCCUCACAACAGAGGGUCCACUUACCUUCUGCCGCGCCUGGAGACGAUCCACUCAUGCCGCAUCCUGCGUCUGCCCACGGGCCUAUGGACUCUGGCAGGACCUCCGUUCCGACUCCGGGAAAACCUGCUAAACGCCCCAAGCUGAAGGACAUUUGGUCAUUGCUGAGUGCACUCCCAACCAAGGCAGACCUGGAGGUGAUCAUACAGAGGGUCGAGGCCAAACAUGAUCAGGCUAUUGCUGAGGUCAAGGCGGACUUAACAUCUAUCUCCACCCAAGUCCGGACCAUGUCGGAGAUCACUUUUUCAUCCAUUAACGCCAACGGGCUGAACACCCCUGUGAAGCGUUCCUCCAUUCUCCGGCUCCUAUGGAGUAAAAAGUCCAGUCACACGAAUCAGGCCCUGGACUCUGCCAUGAGCUCCUAUUUGGCUAGGUCGCGUUUACCCAAACUGCUGAGUGCGGCCCUUGAGAGUUUGAACAGUCCGUUUACCGCUGAUGAGAUUGAGGAGGCUUUGAAGUCAAUGCAGCCUAAACCUCUCCUGAGAACUAUAAGGAAAAACCCUGAUAUCUCUGGUUUGAUGGUGAGAGAUAAGGAGUUUAAGAUAGCAGCAUAUGCAGAUGACCUGAUGUUUAUGAUUACCAAAUCUCGGGUCACAUUCUCCAACCUAAUUGAGGAAUUCAAAGUAUUCCAUAACUUGUCCAAUCUGAAAAUUAACUUACAGAAGUCUGAAGCGCCUAAUGUCUCCAUUUCACCUGCUCUCGAAGCUGAACUGGCAGAAAAUCCCUGUGAGAAGCUUGAAGGAAACAUCAUCAUGUUAUCUCUAGAUUAUGAUGAAGAUACCAGGCAGCGCUCUUCAGAAGAAAACGUCAUUACCUGUAAUGUACAUCCAGGACUUCACAAUGCAGAGCCAUCAAAUCUAUCAUAUAAUCAUCCUAAACAUGAGGAUUCUUCUACUGAUCAAUCACAGAUUAUUACUCCAAAUAUAAGGCAGAAACAGGAUAAAAUGUUUAAUUGUGAGGAACGUGGAAAACAGUUCAGAUAUAAGUCAGAGCUUUCUGUACACAGAAGUCGUCACAAAGGAGAGAAGCCGUAUUCAUGUUCAGAAUGUGGGAAAUGUUUUACCAAGAAAUCAUAUCUUGAUCGUCAUAAAAUAAUUCACACAGGAGAGAAGCCAUAUUCAUGUUCUGAAUGUGGUAAAUGCUUUAACCAGAAAUUAAGCCUUGAUCAACAUAAAAGAAUUCACACAGGAGAGAAGCCAUAUUCAUGUUCUGAAUGUGGAAAAUGUUUCAUAGAAAAAAAAGGUCUUGCUAAACAUCUCAGAAUUCACACAGGAGAGAAGCCGUAUUCAUGUUCAGAAUGUGGUAAAUGCUUUAAACGAAAAUCAAGCCUUGAUCUACAUAAAAGAAUUCACACCGGAGAGAAGCUAUAUUCAUGUUCAGAGUGUGGUAAAUGUUUUACAGAUAGAUUACAUCUGGUUGCACAUGAGAGAAUUCACACAGGAGAGAAGCCAUAUUCAUGUUCAGAAUGUGGGAAAUGCUUUAACCAGACCUCACACCUUGAUCUACAUAAAAGAAUUCACACAGGAGAGAAGCCAUAUUUAUGUUCUGAAUGUGGAAAAUGCUUUAACCAGAAAUCAUCCCUUGAUAUACAUAAAAGAAUUCACACGGGAGAGAAGCCAUAUUCAUGUUCAGAAUGUGGUAAAUGUUUUACAGAUAGAUCAUAUCUGCUUUUACAUCAAAGAAUUCACACAGGAGAGAAGCCGUAUUCAUGUUCAGAAUGUGGAAAAUGUUUCAUAGAAAAAAAAGGUCUUACUAUACAUCUCAGAAUUCACACAGGAGAGAAGCCACAUUCAUGUUCAGAAUGUGGGAAAUGCUUUAACCAGACAUCACACCUUGAUCGUCAUAAAAGAAUUCACACAGGAGAGAAGCCACAUUCAUGUUCAGAAUGUGGGAAAUGCUUUAACCGAAAAUCAAGCCUUGAUCUACAUAAAAGAAUUCACACAGGAGAGAAGCCAUAUUCAUGUUCAGAAUGUGGGAAAUGCUUUAACCAGACAUCACACCUUGAUCUACAUAAAAUAAUUCACACAGGAGAGAAGCCACAUUCAUGUUCAGAAUGUGGGAAAUGCUUUAACCGAAAAUCAAGCCUUGAUCUACAUAAAAGAAUUCACACAGGAGAGAAGCCAUAUUCAUGUUCUGAAUGUGGAAAAUGUUUCAUAGAAAAAAAAGGUCUUACUAAACAUCUCAGAAUUCACACAGGAGAGAAGCCACAUUCAUGUUCAGAAUUUGGGAAAUGCUUUAAACAGAAAUCAAGCCUUGAUCAACAUAAAAGAAUUCACACAGGAGAGAAACCAUUUAUAUGUUCAGAAUGUGGGAAAUGCUUUACUAAGAAAUUAAGUCUUGAUCGACAUAAGAGACUCCACACAAAAGAGAAGACAUGUUGA